AAAAAAUUGUGUAGAAUCGAAAACAUUUUUAUAUUAAUUACAAAAAAAGUACUUUUCCACGUUUUAAUGCUUAGAAUAUAAACAAAAAUGCCGCCAACAAUCAAUGGAGCUCCACCGCCAAGCGAUAAAAGACCUCAAAGGCCAACAGAGCGAAAAUCGGAAAUUAUAUGCCGCGUAAAAUACGGGAAUAACCUACCCGAUAUACCUUUCGAUUUGAAAUUCCUGCAAUAUCCCUUCGACAGCAAUCGUUUCGUUCAAUACAAUCCCACCUCGUUGGAGCGGAACUACAAAUAUGAUGUUUUAACUGAACACGACUUGGGUGUCACCAUAGAUCUCAUCAAUCGAGAUUUAUAUCAAGCCGAUCCAUAUGCUCAAUUGGACCCCGCCGAUGAAAAGUUAUUAGAAGAAGAUGUUCAUACACCUCACGAUUCGGUGCGUUCCAAACAGCAUUCACGCAGUGUCUCCUGGUUGCGUAAAUCCGAAUAUAUUUCCACGGAACAAACGCGUUUCCAACCGCAGAACUUGGAAAAUAUUGAAGCUAAAGUGGGUUACAAUGUCAAGAAAUCAUUGCGCGAGGAGACAUUGUAUUUGGAUCGUGAUGCCCAGAUCAAUGCAAUUCAAAAGACAUUCAGUGAUACCAAGAACGAGAUCACCAAACAUUACUCCAAACCGAAUGUGGUGCCAGUGGAAAUUAUUCCAUUGUAUCCAGAUUUCAAGAACUGGAAGUAUCCCUGUGCCCAGGUUAUAUUCGACAGCGAUCCGGCACCGGCUGGCAAAAAUAUUCCCGCCCAGUUGGAGGAAAUGUCUCAGGCUAUGAUUCGUGGUGUCAUGGACGAGAGUGGAGAACAGUUUGUGGCCUAUUUCUUACCCACUGAAUCGACACUGGAGAAGAGACGUGUUGACUUUGCCGAUCAAGUGCUGUACAAGGAUGAUGAAGAGUAUGAAUACAAAAUUGCCCGUGAAUACAAUUGGAAUGUCAAGAGCAAGGCUUCAAAGGGCUACGAGGAAAACUAUUUCUUUGUUAUGCGCCAAGAUGGUGUCUACUAUAAUGAACUGGAGACACGUGUACGUUUGAACAAACGUCGUAUGAAGGUUGGCCAACAACCAAGCAAUACGAAAUUGGUUGUGAAACAUCGUCCUUUGGAGGCGAAUGAACAUCGUAUGCAACGCUAUCGUGAACGUCAAUUGGAACCACCGGGUGAUGACGAUGAUGAAGAAGAGAUGGAAGAGGAGGAGGAAGAAGAAGAGGAAGAGGAGAUUCAACAAACCCCAGCUCCCGAUGAUGGCAAGGACAAAGAGGAGGAACAAAUACAACGUGAGAGGAAAUCUCGUUCACGUUCCAAAUCGGCAAAAUCGCAAUCACGUUCCAGAUCAAGGUCACGUUCAGGUUCUGGAUCCUCAGAUAGGUCGCGUUCAAGAUCGAAAUCUGGAUCAAGAUCCGGUUCUGGUUCUGAGGGGUCACGGGCUUCCUCACGAUCCCGGUCUAAAUCACGUAGCAGAUCAAAAUCCAAGUCAAAAUCGAGAUCAAGAUCACGUUCCGCCUCGGGAUCGCGUUCUCGUUCAAGAUCUCGCUCACAUUCGGGCUCUCGUUCACGUUCGGCCAGCCGCUCACGUUCACGCUCCAAAUCUGCUUCUAAGUCACCAUCCAGGUCCCGUUCGGGCACUCCCCAUAGUAAAGCCGGCUCCAAUAAAUCUGGAUCUAGAUCACGUUCUAAUACACGGUCACGAUCCCGUUCUAAGAGUGGCUCGCGUUCUCGUUCACGCAGUGCUUCGGGCUCAAGAUCGCCAUCACGUUCGCGCAGUAACACACCAUCAGGCUCGGGAACAGCAUCAGGCAGUGGAAGUGGUUCAGAAGCCGAGGAUUGAGGGAGAAAUUAUACAAUCGGAUAAUGGUAAUUUUAUUGUAGACUCUUAUAAUUUUAUGAUUUUGAAAUUUCAAUAUAAAUCUUUCAAAUUAAAUGUAA